CUCUUCACCAUCAUCGUGCCGCUUCCAGCUUAUAUAAGAUCUGAGUAGGGGCGACAUGGGAAAACCCACCGAGAGAAUCUACUAGCAUUCUCGCCGUCACUUUCGCCUCAGCACACGCCAAGAUGAGGUGGUACUUUGAUAGACUGUUGUUUCUAUGUGUUCUUAGCGGAUUAUUGCCUGCAUGUUGUGCAGUUUUCAACAGUGUCCCUCACGAUGAGACAUGGAAGCCGGAAUACGUACUCAUCGCAACGGCGCAGAACGGAAGACGUCUUGGGUUCGCGUUUACAAUAACAUUCCCGACAAUAAUGUUACGGUUGUAUGUUGAAUUACCAGCCACACCGUCCAAAAAUACUGGCAGUACUGACAAAAAACUCCUCCAGCACUGGCAUGGGCUCAGUCUAAGGACCGCCCCCUUCGCGGACGGUGCCCCACUAGUGUCACAAUGGCCUAUUGCACCCAUGGAGUUCUUCGACUAUGAGGUCCACCCAGAGGCAGGCGACGCUGGGACAUACUUCUAUCACUCGCACGUCGGCUUCCAAGAGGUGACAGCCCAUGGGCUGCUGAUCGUUGACGGACCCAGCAAUGCUACGACGCCGUACGCAUACGAUGACGACAUACCAUUCAUCUUUGGUGAUGUUUACGAAAGCGAGGAUGAGCAUAUCGAAGCGGGUUUGAUCGCCAACCCGUUUAAGUGGUCGGGAGAGCCGGCGGCAAUUGAUCUGAACGGGAAGUCGGGCAUUACAUCUUUCAGCGACGCGACGGAUGAAUCGUGCACGCCGGAGGUAAUAACCGUUGAGCCAGGCAAGACGUACCGACUCCGAUUCGUUGGCGUUACGGCAUUGUCCUUUGUAAUGGUUGGCAUUGAGGGUCACGACGAACUGACCAUAAUCGAGGCUGAUGGGCAGUACACCAAGCCGGCAACAACGGACCACAUCCAAAUCGGCAGUGGUCAACGCUUCAGUGCUCUGCUCAAGACGAAGACUCAGGAACAGCUCGAUGCGGAGGGCAAAACGUCCUACUGGAUCCGGUAUGAGAAUCGGGAUCGGCCGACCAACAUCUCAGGUUAUGCUUUGCUGGAUCUGCUGCCCGACCUGCCAGUGACGUCCCCUGUUACCUUGACUCGGAACGUCUCGGAAUACACAAGUUGGAUGGAGUACACUCUCGAGACCUUGGCUCCAUUGGAUGUGUUCCCAACAGCGAGCGAAGUCACGCGGACGGUCUACAUCACUGUCCGCCAACGCAUGGUGGAUGGGUUCUUUAACGGAACUAUCAACGGCGCGUUUGCAUGGGUAAACAACAACUUAACCUGGCAAGAAACCACGCUCGCCGCCCAACACUUCGAGCCGUACUUGAUCACGGCCUACAAGACAGGCCAGGUACCGGAUUACGACGCCGCUCUCGCCAACAACGGCUGGGACCCAGCCACGCGCGCCUUCCCGGCCCUCGUCGGCGAAGUUCUUGACAUCAUCUGGCUAAGCAACUCGGGACCCACAGGCGGGUACGACAACCACCCCAUGCACGCGCAUGGGCCGCACUACUGGGACUUGGGGUCAGGCAACGGGACUUAUGACCCCGUGGCGAAUGAGGCGAAGUUCCAAGAGAAUGGGUAUAUACCCGCGAAGAGAGAUACGACGCAGUUGUAUCGGUAUGUGACCAAGGACGCGCCGGAGACUACGAGUGGGUGGAGGGGGUGGAGGAUUAGGGUUACAGAAGAUGAUGUUGGGGCUUGGAUGAUGCACUGUCAUGUGUUGGGACAUAUGAUUAUGGGCAUGCAAACCGUUUGGGUCUUUGGCAAUGCCACCGAUAUCCUCACCGAAAUUCCGCAGCCUUAUCUUGACGGGUAUUUGGAGUUUGGGGGUAGUGCGUAUGGAAAUGCGUCGUAUGACCCGCUCGUGGUGGAGGCAUUUGAUUAAGUUGUAUGGUUGAGAACCGCAGUUCGGGUGCGAUGAAGUUGAAUGAACCGAUUGAAUGAAUCGGAGAUUCCGAGCUGUUUUUGGACAAGGUGUAGAAUUUCGGGUUGGAAGUGAGGUUCGAUUCUCUACAUGCUGCUUGUCUGGACAAUCUGAACUAUCUACAUAGGUGGAGUUUACCCC